AGUUUGGCAUGCACGAGUGCAUAUGCAUGCCUGCGUAUACAGAUAAAAUGAACUAGAAACUGAACUUCCCUUUAUACUAGGGGUUUAGCAGUGUUAAUGAUUAGAAAUGGCAACGAAUAUGGACAAAGUUACAAAUUUGGCGACUACGUACGCAGGAAUAAAACUGGUACAUAGAAAACCCGGCGAAAAAUGCAAGCUAUACACUGAGAAGUGAAGAAAUAAAGCAGAAUCAAUAUCAAGCGAGGAUUAAGUGUCAGGAAGUUGAACAAAAAUAAUGUGUUUUAUUUAAAAUGUCAGUUUUCCCCCUUCUUGAGCGAGAGAAACGGUGACUUGAUAAAAAGAAGUUAAGAAGUAGUGGGCUUACGCUACUGCAUCCAAGAAAAAGACAACUUGUCGUCGUGCACAGCAAAUCUGCAUUCGGCUCUGCCUAGAAACAUCGAGGCUGUUGCUGGCGCCGGAGUCAUGUUUUUGUCAACAGUCUUUGCGACCAGAAUGUCCACAAUAAACGCAUAGUGGAACGUAUUUGUUUCCGUUACUCCUUUACUCAUUGGCUUCUUCUCUGUUUGAUCAUAAGCAGAGAUGACAAUGGGGCUGUUACCGGAAAAAUAAAAACUCGCGGCGUAGGGCUCACUCAGCAAAAGCCUGAAACCUUAAAAGUUCGACCUGGCUAGUGACAACUGUUAUAUCCACAACAACGACUGAACCCACAACGGCCCCAUAUAUAGUUUAUUUAGCUACUUUGAUGUAGCAUUAGCUGCAGCCUGUAAAAUUCAGCUUUUGCAGCACGUGCUAUUGUUUGGUGACGGUAGUUUCGUGAGUUUCCGACAUUAGCGAUUCGCCCGCGGUUAGGAUAACAAAGUGUAGCUUAGUUACCCUUGUCUUUUUCCCUUUUUUAACCUAUUUUUAAUCCUUCUGGUUCGUUUCGUAGAAAAGUCACAGGCAUCUGCAACAGUCAGCAUAAACUGGGCUGGGUUCAGCUCGCACCCUGGCGUUACCGAAACAUUAAGGCUAAUUGCACAACCGUCAGACAUCAACAGCAUUGUCCGUACAGCUGAGCUGCUAGCCUUUAAGCAACCUAAAUCGGCCAGCUGCACAUGUCAGUAAUCCUCGACUCAGCGGCGAAGGUUACAUUCCCAAUCAUUCUAAUCAUAGUAAAAAUAACAUCAGCAAUGGUUGGACGUGACACUUGUGUGUUUUGAGGCUUAUGAAGAAGAAGCGAGAUGUCCAUUGACGCACGUCCUUCGUAGAUGCUGUGGUGGUGAUCGUUAGGUAAUUUUGCGAGAGUGUGAUUCACGACUGUUGUUUUCCCUGUUAGUAGCUUGUCCAUCUGGUGAAUGACGGCUAAGCGAUACGUAAACGCUAUAGAUACAAAAGGAAGAAACGAAAAGCCAGAACUACAUUGCAGUGAGCUCUACUGCUGAGGCCAUAUUAUGCAACAAUAUCAAUUGCUGUAGAAGCCAUUAUGUCCUGUGUUUGGAUGAGGAAGUCUCGCUAUCCCUGGAUUGGGCUGACAGAUCGAAGCGUUCCCGAAUGACGAGCAUAAAUGACGUGUUCAAGUGCUGGUUAGGAGUCUACAGUGGCGCUGCGCAGGGCUUAUGAAAAGAGUCGGACAAUGGCGCGGACCUACCCAAACGCGGAUAGAAUUCGUUGAACGAUUGUAAAUAAGGGAAGGAACAAAUGCUAGGAUACAGAAGUUGGCAUGUAUGAGUGUGCUUUCGAACAGCGGGUUAGCUACUAACACUGGAAAUAAAUGUGCCUCGAAAGUAACCUCCUCUCGCUAAAAAACAAAUACGGACACCAACUAAUGUGCGAGACGUGGUCGAAGUGGUACCACAUAUGCACACAGCCGCUAGCUAGGCGGCCGUAUCCGACCCUUUGCUCGGAAUGGAUGAAGGAAGGAAUGCGAGGAUAGCUGGCUCUUCACACCUAUAUCGUUUUCCAGAGUUCCCGGAGUUGGGUUUCAGUGAUUUGCGGAAGGUGACUGCUGCAGCUGGAAUCAAAGUAGGUUCAGAAAUGUCCGAAGACACCUUCAACGAAGUAAGUGACACCGGUCCGUUGGGCCACCUGUGGUUGUGAUUAGAAGCGGUUUGUACGGCCUAGUAACGCGCAGUUCAUCGACCGGGAACGCUUUAUAGCUUCUCUACACUUCUUCCUUCUAUAGGCACUGGUCGGGACCGUGCGGACGUUACCGGCAUCUCAAGUCAUUUUCCUAUAAUAGCAUCUUUGGACUACGAAGAAGACAAGGUCCGGUUAGGGAAAGAAGCGCUGCUGGCGGCAGUAGGACCGGCUGCAGACACGCGUGAAGCGAUGGAGAUCAGUAAAAUCCUCUGACACGGAUGAAAGAAAAACAAGAAGGAACACAAAGAGCGAGAAAGUGAGCAAGCAAAAGUAAGAGCUAACAGGAUUGUGAUCCUGGGGUUUUGCAAGCUGAAAAUAAAAGCUAGCAAAAAAGGCAGGCGGCGCCGCAUCAUCUUUUGAAAAAGGAAGGUGUUUUCGCGCGUAAAGCAGCAAGGCAGGCGAGCCAAAAAAAUAAGUGAAAAGGAACGCGAAAAAAAAGGAAAGUACUGGUGCAGCGCUCCUACCGAUGCGGCGGUUUUGCGGUACCUGCAGGAGGCAGGCAAAAGAUAAACUGGAAGACGGAUUCUCGCUUGUAUAACGCUUGAUGCAGAACGACAUUGAAUAUAGACAGCGGCGCUAAACGCGCCUUGGAUUGGUACCUAAGUCUGAUCUCUGGCUGCCACUGCUGUAAAAAAUAAAACAAAAGGUGAUUCCGUCUUCACUCGGACAGCUUCAUCAUCAUCAACGGUCGGGGCCUAAAGUUUUCAGCAGAUAAACCUCGCCUACGCCUUCACACGAACAACAGAAUGAAGCGAUUCACAAAUACGUGUAACAAGCAGUCUCGAAUAUGUUUGGUUAGACUGUUUCUUGUCAGGCUGCAGGACGCUGAACACAGGCCUUCGCAGGAAAAAAACCGUACAACCAAAUUAAAAGAGAAUGUAAGCUGUAAUUAAAAAGCCACUACUCCAGCCUCUCUACGAGAACUGAAGAUCGAUUGUCACAUUUGCAUAACUGCCGUGCUAAGAAAGAUGACAGGGGUUUGAAUAUGUUGCUAGGCCUAUCCUAAAGGCUAGAAAACGUGAGAUUCUGCUACCUUGGCUGGUCACUGGGUCGUUGUCUUGAGACAGAGGGGAAUCGUGACCCUACCAUUGGGAUUAAUCAUUGGUACCGUGCUACACAGAAGAGAAGAUCAACCUUACUUAUCCCAUACUUUUAAUAAGUGCUAUAAUAAGCAAUAAAUUGUAAUUAAAAAUAGAACAAAGGCAUCACCUGUUAGAGGAAUAUACUUUCAUAUAUAUAUAUAUAUAUAUAUAUAUAUAUAUAUAUAUAUAUAGUAUACAAUGCGGUGACUCCCGAAUUCGUUCGUGGAGUUGCCACCUUCUUAAAAAAUUCAAGUCGAAAAAGGGUACAAUACAAGGAAAUCAAAGGAAUUGUCGAACUGACAAGGGCAAGGGAGUCUGAACUAAGCACCCUGAGAAUAAAGAAUAGAUAUCGCAAUCUCAGAGUUUACUUUUUAUGAAGGAAUCUUAUUUGAUCAAGAUAUCAUCGAGAAGAAUCACUUCAGAACGCUUAGGGGUCCAAUAUUUUGUAGAUCCACAUUUUUUGGUAGAAGAUUUAAUAAGUGCCAAAAAAGUCUCGUGUGGGCUGGAGAGCGCUGGUUAGAAGCUGUACGACACGCGCGCCUGUCUUGAGAACGCCGAGAGACACAACAUUGAGCACUAGCAACUGCUGUCGUUGAGAACAAUCGCUAUAGACUGAUAGCAGAGUCAUGGCUGAGCAUCACGAGCUCGUCGAAGAAAUGACGACUUUGGAGCGGAUGUCGACGCAGGAGCGACUCAAGCAUGCCAAAAAGCGCCGUAUUCAACAGCUCAAGAAGUGGACGCAACGAGAGAAGGAGCUCAAACGGAAGGAGCAACGUCAGGAGAAGAGCGGAGCUAAGCUAAAUAACGGUGGAGGACGGCUUGUUGAGUACAAGGUGCACUUCGUUCCAAGCGUGAUGUUGCUCGAGGCAGCAGCCCGUAACGAUGUCGAAGAAGUUCGUCGACUAUUAAUGAUGGGCGUUUCUCCUGACUCGACGAACGAGGACGGAUUGACAGCGUUGCAUCAAUGCUGCAUCGACAACAACGAAGAGAUGACGAAGCUGCUGGUCGAGUUUGGUGCCAACGUGAACGCCAAAGAUUCUGAACAAUGGACGCCACUACACGCGGCCGCUACCUGCGGACACCUGCACUUAGUCAAGUAUCUUAUACUCAAAGGGGCAGAUCUGCUAUCAGUGAACGCGGAUGGCAAUAUGCCUUACGACAUCUGCGAAGACGAGCCGACGCUGGACCACAUCGAAACGGAGAUGGCAAAACGAGGGAUAACCCAGCAUACGAUUGACACGACGCGAGCUGCAGCUGAAAUGCACAUGUUGCGCGAACUUCGUGAACAUCGACUCAAUGGAGUAGAUCUCGAUUGGCGGGACGAGCAACUUGCUACACCACUUCAUAUUGCUUCAGCUAACGGAUAUAUAUCAGUGGUGGAAUUUCUUCUGGAGAACGGAGUCGCAACGGAUGCAGCAGAUUGCGAUCUAUGGCAGCCAAUUCAUGCUGCCGCCUGCUGGGGACACCCCGACGUAGUUGAACUCUUGGUGCAAUCAGGAGCAGACCUUAAUGCCAAAACGAAAAACGGUGAAACCCCAUUCGACAUCUGCGAGGAUCCUGAGCUCAAGGAACGUAUAAAAGAGCUUCGAAAUGAAAUGGAAAUUAAAAGGUUAUCACAGCUUUCGCAAAGGUUGCGGCGAAGUCACAGUCAAAAUACACGUAGUCAGAGCGUUCGGCGAACGUCAGUCCGCGAAAAGAAUAAGAUCUCACGACGAGAAGCAAUUGAAGAAGCACGAAUUCGACAGGAGAACCAAAGUCGAAACGCAAUAAGUUCCGACGGCACGAACGGACGACCAAACGAUGAGGACUCUCCCGGAAAUUCCCCCAACAACAACAAGACCGGUUCUUUAUCAAACGGAGAUGCGCUACGGCCUGCCGGAAGUGAUCAAAUCGAUUCGAUUACCGUUGCCAACAAUAACCAAAUUAAGCAGCAGCAGCAGCAGCAGCAGCAGGCGGGUCAAUCAUUACAAUCCCAACUGGCAAUGGGUCCUCCACGCUACGAAGAGGUCGUCCAACAAGGCAAGAAUGCCCGAACAGCACAGAACAAUCAUACCUACGAGACGCUUACCACAACCGCUACCAACGCACCAAAAAGUCCCGAAGCUGUUAAGGUGGAGAUCCACGUGACGGUUAACACUUCCGGUGGAGGCCCCGCGAGCGCCAAGGCCACAUCCAGUCCCAGUCCCCCGUUGACGCCGAGCUCAGCAGGUGCUCACUCGCCGGUGACGACACCGCCAGGCUCGCAAAUGGCGUCACUGUCGCUACCCCCAUUAGCGUCCCACCAAACCUCCUCUUUAAGUCCCCAGCCGGCCACCGGCUGCACACUGCAGAAGACGCUGAGCGAUCUGAAGAAGCAUCGCACAGAUUUACGGGCCAGCUUCAACCGUAGCAGUUACAGCACGGCGCUCGAAAACGGGGCAUACCCAUCCGUAUCCCCCACUACAACAGGUCCCACCCCAGCAGGAAUCCUUCAUGAUUCUGACAUGAAGCGAUUCCGAGGAGCGGAAGUUGUUGGCGGCGAGACAGGGGCGCGAUUUUGUUGUUCAUUAAUGUAACUUGGAAGACGGCAACAUUUGCUGUAGACGCGACGUAUCAUCGACAGCAGCAAAUUGUUUGCGACAACAAUGGCAAAACUCCAACGUAAAAUCGACCACAUACCUAUCUAUCCAACUUUGUGUGUACAUAAAGCGUGCGUUAUAAACGGUAAAAGUGCGGCAAAAAAUGAAAAACUAAUAGCAAGGACGCACAUACGGGAUAACAAAACAGACGCGUCGAGAGACAAAUUUUCUCUUCCGGAGUAAAUAGGACGAAUAAAAAUCAAGCGGCCACCGAAUACAAACAACGCGCGCUUUUCACUGCUGUAUGUAUUAUAUACUACUUAUAUAUAAGAGAUCUAGGGAUAGAGGGUCGGAUUGAUACAAAAGGCUGAAAACCUCGAAGAUUUCAUUCAUUGAAUCGCGCAGCAUAUGAUGAAGCAUCAAGAAUGUUUCUUGUAACUUGUCAAAUGAACACCGUCGCACAUACGCGCCAGCCGCUAAUAGUAAAUAAGCCGAAGGAACAUAAAAGAUAUGAGGGGACUUUGCUAUAAUACAAUAGCUAGACACUUUUUGAACACCGUUAUUCUUUGAGAGAAAACGAGACAAAUCGUUUAAGGAUGAAAAAACUAAUAAUGACACACUACCGUCAAAGGCAAAUAAUUGGAGCCAGACUACGGGUAAUUAACAAGAUUGAUAUUAUAAUUAACUACAUGAAGAUAAUUAACACGAUGAAGGACAUGAAACCCAUUCAUACGCAAGAAGCUGCAAAACAACCCUUCUGCAAAAAUCCGAGGAAUAGCGGCAACCACCUGUCACAAUAUCUUGUCUCCUCUAUGUUGACUAAUGUUUUAAUGACUGCGUCAGGAAACUGCUUUCAGUAUGAUAAUUACGCAAAUGAUAAAAAGUAGUUAAAUUGGAGAUAAAAAGUUGACCCAUAAAGCAAUUACAAAGGCGGAAGGAGCUUGGUGAUACGUCAAGUUCGCAAUAUAUAUAUAUAUAUAUAUAUAUACAUAUAGAAGAUGGGUACGAAAACCAGCAAACCUUAGAAUUUGAAAAGUAUUUCAAAUAACGACAGUACAUAGCGAUCCUUCGGUUGUUUAGUUGCCGCUGCAAGCAUAGCUGCGAUCUGUGAUCGGGAUCGAAUGUGAAACUACACGGGGGGAGGGCCAACAGUAUGCGAGUAGGCACUUAUAUGGAGUCAUUUUUGUACAAUCGUGCAAGCUAUUUUUGUCCUUAUGCCAUUGUCGAAAUAAAACCAUCCAAAAAAAAAAAAAGGCGGAGUAAGUCGAAAAUGCGCGAACGGAUUAGGACCACUCGUACGUUAGUUUGCUCUUCCUUAGCUCUCAAGGCCACUACUAUUUAGAACUCACCUUAAGGUUUUGUCGAUUACUCGAACUGGCACAACAAUAACAACAACAGGCGUAGUAAUUCGUCAUCCAUUAGUGACAGGCCUUCUCCUUUGUCAGAAAAAAACAUUCAAAGAAAUGUUUGAUUCGUCAUUGAGAAAUUUCCAAAGCCUUAAUCGAAUGUCUGCUAACCUGCUAGAGUGUUAUUUUAACGGGAGAGGAGCAGUGCUUAAUAUGUGGCUACAACCGUUUGACGCACAAGACGCUGGCACAAUGCAAAUUAUAAAAAAAAAAAAUAAAAUAAAAUAAAUAAAGAAAGCCAUUUGCCUGUGAUUCGAGAUUUAUUCAAUAUGGUACUGUAUUUAACAUGGCUGACAGCGAAAAAGUCACUACGAAUCGUAAGAGGAACACAUGCGCUUUAAGUCGAAAAUGGUAUCGUGAUAUAGAGAACGUCCUAAGCAUUUGCCUGACACUGAAUAACGUUUUUAUAUCCGCAAUAGCCACAAUCGACUGGCGAUAUUACCUUAUUCCCGUUUGUGUCAUCGAAUUCGCUUGAUGCUUGUAUAUACGUAUCAGUGUCCGGAGUCCCGUCGCAUCAUAGGAUAUUCCCCACAUAACAAUGAGUUACUAAUUAGCAAGAAUUUUCCUGUUUGCCUUCCUUCCUUCCAACUCAGACUAUCCAAGGGGCCAAAGAACGCCGAUCUAUAUUACGCGUACUUACAUACACAAAUUUUCAACCUAACUGGCACAAAUGUACUAACAAUUAUUACCAGGAUACACAAGACGCAAGGAUAACACCGGUACAGCUCUUCACGCGCUGUCUAUCACGGGCGUCACAUCUGUGGCAACCAUUUAACAGACUCACACAACAAUUACGAUAGCGUGUCUGCAAUUUUAAUCCCCUGUUCUUGUUAAACUUUUCGAGGCCAUUAUCAUCCUAAUCUAUUCGUAUUUUUCCUAUGACUACAACGGAUGUGGUAUGAAAGGGUGCAUAGGGACGAAUGUCGCAGGUGAGGGACAAGGAUUAAUUCCGAUUCCUUUUCCGACGAGCGAUCAGGGCGCUUAUGUUGAUCUUCCGUCAAAGACGUGGGCGCGUAACUAGCGAAAAAAAUGAACGGCGCUGAAUUUUCGCUUACGCGAACGUGUUUUUAGGAAGAUUUCAUCAGCGACGAAGCAGGCAACGUAUAAAGCGAAAUUAAACGUACGUUGAAUAGGCGAAACACAACUCGGACUGUUUCCCCAGUUCACAACAGAACGAGCAAGAUCGAACUGAAAACGACUAACUACGCAGAGACUGAUGUAUCAGAAUGGGCAAUCAAUAAGUUACGAGAUGAUUAGAAGUUAGCGAUUCAAGUAAAAGAUAUCACAGUUGGCAAAAGAAGUGAGAGAUAGCAUUAAAUAAUAUGCCCUUUCGAUAGAGAAUCUGACGAGCUCCUUCGAAUUUUACUAAAUAUCUCCACCCUUAUUAUUGUUCAUGUUAUUCAGCUGGAUUUACCGCUGUGGCAAACGUGUGUGAGUUGAAAUGCUUCGUAUAACUUAUUGAUUUGUAUCGAAGUUGACAUCAAUUUCAGGACGCGUUUCUAUCUAAGCAAUGUAAGAACUAGGAAAGGGCAACAAACACUCAAUAAAAGUAAUCCCCAUAUUUUUAUCUGUUUGUCGUAACAGCCUCAACUGGUAUAUAUAUAACAGGCGCAAUCAUUAAAUAUCCCCUCCUCUACUACUCUCACUUAUAUCUUUAAGGUUGCACUCUUACUUACUUUUCGUACAUAUAUAUAUUUUUUUUUUCAAUUCAUGUUUUUAUUUAUUUGCAAAAACUACGAUCACUAUUUUUUACUUAAGCUAAGCACUUGGCGACAAAGAAUUUACUUUCGUUCCCAUUCAAAGAGACCGCUCUUGCCUGAAGAGUAUGAUAUUAAAUAUAUAAGAACACAUAUAGGAGCGACAACGAAUCUGUAAAAAAAAAAAAAGUGUAACUUUUUGAGCAAACAUACAUAUAACAACAAGAAAAUGCAACUAUUACCCCUAAACGUAUGCAUAAAACGAAAUACAGCUUCGAAUGUUUUUUUAUAACUUGCGAAAAGCUGAGCAAAAAGAAAGAUACCCUGCGUAGUAUAACACGUCACCCUAAUGACAUGUGUGACUAGCAUUACUUUAGAGAGAGAGAAUUAAGCCAAAUACUGGUUAAGAUAGUAACCAAAAUAGAGACGAUCCCAUCUGCUAAUUGGCUUGCAGAAUGACAGAAACGCAAGGGUGCAGACGGGCGAAUGUAUGUGUAGAUGGGUCCAGAACCAACGCACUAGCGCGACUGGCGCUAUGCCAUACGUAACGCAUAACAUUUACGUUUCCGUUACUUUCCCAGUUGACCGAAAUCACACACUUUUACGAAACGCGGCAGCUUGUCGGUGAUAUAAAACAAGCGGAAGUUUUAACAAACAACACAUCCCAUGUUACAUAUGCUAAGAUAAUUUUUAAAAAGGCAUUUUUGGGACAGUCAAUCAAAAGUAGAGGAAAAAGUAACAGAAAAAAAAACAUAAAGUAUUUCAAGGCAUUCUCGACAAAUUGGAUUUUUAAAAGGGGUACGCUUGAAUCAAUCGGCUUUUGACGUUGCGGCUUUAGUAAGGUCCUAUUUCAAAGAACUUUUCCACAUACACCAAGAAGAACGAUACAUCAUGCAGUUAGAAAGCUAUAAUAUGAUAUAUGUCGAAAGCAACAUAACUCCACAAUAUGAUUAUAUAGGAUAAAGAAACUGGCCAAGAACAGGACUGAAAGAGACUACAAUCGUCUUGAGCACCGAAAACCGACAGACAGGGUUGGGUAACUAUACUGAUGAUAGAUAUAGAUAAGGACGUAGGAAAUUGUUUACAGGGAAGGAUUAGAUCGGGUCGAUCUUAGGACCUGGUCACAAAUAGCCUUUAGCCGGUGUUUAUCAUCUUCGUUUUGAAGACGAGGAAGAAAUCUAAAAAAGCAUAUAGGAAGCUUAUUAUAGAUAUUGCGCCGAAAAUAGUGAUAUGAUCGAUUAGACAGUAAAGAAAGUAGAAUGAUGCCAACCACUACAACUGUAACAUACUAUUUUGUGAUGGUUAAUUAUCUAUGGAAUAUUAUAAAUGUGCGGUGAACCCGAUUGUGAAAUGACCGUAGGAUAAUGAUACAGAUAUUGGUGAUGAAGAUAAUGAUAAAAAUGACAAUGCUAGGGGUUAUAAAGAAAGAUCUAAAUUAUAUAAAUAAAUACGAACAUAACUGAAGAGUCGAGAUAAAUGUGUUA